AUGCCUCGGCCAGCGAGGAGGACGCGCGCGGCCGCGUCACAGACGACAGCAGCACCGGCAGCAGCGCCCACAACGGCGUCGAAGAAGCCAACGACGACACAAGCGACACAGGACGAUGGAGAGAGCCGACGGCGCACCCGCCGGAGCGAGGCGGUGCGGGAGCCCAGUGUCGGCAGUGACCUCUACGGCGUCAGCGACCGCGAGGUCAAGCGGCAGGCGUCUCGGCGACAGGUGGCGGUGACGGCGAACAGCGGCAGCAUGUCCAGCACAGAAGCCGAGGAGAGCCGGAGACCUGCAUCGGUGCAGAAACAGCGGCGUCCGACAGCGGCGACGGCAGCAGCAGCAGUGUCAUCAUCGCGGCGGACGCGAGGGCCCGACGAGUCGGGCAUCGACAUUCUCGACGACGACGUCUUUGACCACGGGCUCAGCGAUCUGGGAGAUUUAGGAGAUCUCGACGACCUUGGCGACCUGGACAGCCUCGGCUCGUCUUCACCGGCCGCAGCAGCCGCGGUCGACACCACGGCGUCGUCAUUCAACGUCGGCCUCUUCCGUCGCGGUCGGCCGCGGCAGUCAAGCGUGCACAGCCGCGACGAUGCACCGAUUCGGCCCAGCAGCCGCGGGCCAGCCACGCCCAGCAUCAGCUCAGCCUUCAGCCUGGGCACGUUCCGACGACGGGCCCGCGAGCCCAGCAUCCUGGGCCGGCGGCGACGAGACACGUCGCGGCAGGCCAGUCGGGACCGUGACACGGACAGGGGCGGCGAGACGUCGGCCAGCGAGCUCGACGAUGCCGGGCCGUUCACGUCUGCGCGGGCGACAGUGGCCCAUGUGGUGCAGGACUCGUCGUCGCUGUCGCUGGCCACAGCCACGGCCAACACAACGUCGGUGUUGAUGACGCGGAUCCGAGACAGACCGACCAGAACGAAGGGAGCGGCAACGGCAACAACGUCGAUGGCGAGAAAACGCAAGUCGCAGGAAGGCCAUCGCGAAGACGAGCUUCCCAAGAGACGGGUCUCCGAGCGAGUGGCAGCAGCAACGGCAGCAUCAGCAACAGCAGACGUUCUGCCGUCUGUCGAGAUGGCAUCGUCGCUGCCGCCAUCGACACCGCCAUCACAGAUCAGCAGGUCAGCAGCUGAGCGCGAGCGGUACUCGACGCCCGUAGAGGUCGAUCCGGAGAUCAUGGCGCCGCCAGCAAGCAGUGGGUCGUCGUCUGCGAGCCCGACAUUGUGGCCAUCGCUGCGCGGCCUGGCAAACGGUUCUCGCCGCGGCAACAUCAAGUCGGCAGCAGCGGCAUCAGCACAUCGCCACCUGCCCGAACUCGUGGUUGACGACGACGACGACGGCCACGAAGACGGAUCGGACAUCUCGUCGCCGCCGUCGCUGACGCACUCUCCCAACUACCGACAGGCACGGGCGAGAGGAAAGGCAGCGCAGGCAGAGACGGUGCAACCACUGACGACAGAGGCCCUGACGGCUCUCCUGCCGCAGCGACGGCGUCGGGUCCGUGGAGGCCGGUGGCAGGCGUCAGCAUCAGACGACGGCGAGGACGAGGCUGGAGAGCUGGACCGGUCAGCCCUCCUGAGCGAGGACGACGACGAGCUGGCCCACGGCCCGGCCAGACACCGGCCUCGACGGGGCCGGAGCGCUGCUCAGCAGACGCCAGCAGCAUCGACAAGGGCAAAGGCCAUGACAGCGACGACAUCGACGAACCGACGGACUGCAGCCAGCUCGGCGAAGAAGGCGGUCAAGCGGACGUACGGGUCGCGCAGCUUCUCGGACAAGGAGAACCAAGAGGCAGACGGCAGCACGUUGAGCCCGCUGCCCGACAACGCGUUUGAGAACGAGGGCGAAGACGGGAACGAGAACGGGAACGAGAACGAGGACGAGGACGAGGACGCUCAGACGAUCGUGAAGCAGCAGCAGACACCCCGGCAUUUUGGCGAGGAGUUGGAAAAGGCAGCCAAGAAGUUUAAGGAGGUCGACCGGUGGACGCUCGAGUUUGAGAGCGUCUCACGGUCGUCGUCGCCGGUGGGAGCUCGCUAG